AAAUUAACCAACUUCUUGAAAACGCUACAGAUUUUUUCGGAAAGGACGUCUUUAAGAGUAUCUACAAUUUCACUUUAUUCGCAUUAAUGUUAUCUGCUUUUAUGCUGGAGUUACUAGUGGUUCUUCAGGACAACGAUACUGGAACAGGCAUCAAACCAAACAGAUUCGCACGUGACAUUAAUGAAAUUUCUCCAGAAAACACAAGCGUUUUAUCUGUAGCAAUUCCGAGUUUAAGAAAUCACAUCCUAUCGUCCUUAAACGCUACAGAAGAAGACGUCAACUCUGACCUUGAAUAUGAGCUUGAUAUGUUUCUUGAAGACGUGUUAGAUCAGUUAUCAUGUAAUGCAGGCCAAACAGAUUUUAACGAACUUGAUGAAGGAACUUUAACGUCAUGUGUGGAGACAGAGCUGUUUCCAAUGGAUUGGAAUCACCCGACGCUGGUCUCCAAAUCACUAUAUUCCCUUGCGAUAAUUCUUGCCUUUCUUCGUCUGUCUUCUAUCAUCGUUAUAAAUGAUGUCAUUGGACCGCUUCAGAUAUCGUUGGGAGGCAUGACUACAGACAUCAUCAGCUUUGGGUGUAUAUUCUCUGUAGUCUGGCUGGCAUUCGCAAUCGGAAUAAACCAGCUUUUGUUGCCGUUUCAGAAAGUUGAAUUAUUGAUUUGUCAACAGGAAAAUGAAGACGAUAGUUGCGUUGCAGGACCUUUUAGCACGUGAGAAUGAAUUUACCUCCGUAGGCCCUAACUAUAAACAUCGUUAUUGGCUCAAUGGCCUAUAUGAUAUAUAGGCUAACGAACCUAUCAACUAAUUCU